GAAGAAAGACAGCAGGAGGGACUCUGAGAUCUGGUUCUGCCAUUUUAGAGGCCACAGUCAGAGCAGAGAGCUGCUAAAAUUUAGCGACGGGUCGAAAUGGAUCAGUACAAACUCGAAAUGAAAGAAGAGGACUUUUAUCAAGACCAAAUAAGGAGCGAUACAGAGCAGCAGGAUCCGAGUUUAAACGAGCAGCGCCGGUCUAAUAGCGGAAUAAAGUUGGAGCAGCAGAAACCGAAUUUAACCGAACAGCACUGGUCCACUAGCGGAAUAAAGGAGGAGCAGCAGAAACCGAAUUUAACCGAACAGCACUGGUCCACUAGCGGAAUAAAGUUGGAGCAGCAGCAGGAACCGAAUUUAACCGAACAGCACUGUUCCACUAGCGGAAUAAAGGAGGAGCAGCUGGAACCGAGUUUAAGCGAGCAGCACCAGUCCACUAACGGAGCUGAGGAGGAGCAGCAGCAGGACCUCGACCAGGCUGGUCCCACAGAUCAACAGAAACAUCAAGCCUUCACCAGACCACCAGAGCUAAAGAAUCAUCAGCGGAAUCACUCUGGAGAUAAACCUUUCAGCUGUGAUCAAUGUGGUAAAACCUUCACUUCGGGAAGUGGCCUAAAGACCCAUCAGCAGAUUCAUACAGGAGAGAGACCGUACACCUGCACUGAAUGUGGAGCAGCUUUCCACAGAUUGAAUGAUUUGAAAAUCCACACUCGUGUUCACACAGGAGAGAGACCUCACACAUGUGAACAAUGCGGAAAAGCAUUCUCUCAGCUCGAUAGCUUACGUACACACCAGCUUGUUCACACUGGAGAGAAGCCUUACUCAUGUGAACAGUGUGGAAAAGCAUUCUAUUAUAGCAGUCGUUUACUGACCCACCAACGUGUUCAUAAUGGAGAGAAACCAUACUCAUGUGAACAGUGUGGAAAAGCAUUUCUUUACAUCAGUCGUUUACGUACACACCAAAGUGUUCACACUGGAGAGAAACCUUUCUCGUGUGAACAGUGUGGAAAAGCAUUCUCUUGGCUCUCGGAAUUCCAGCAACACGAGCGUGUUCACACUGGAGAGAAACCGUACUCAUGUGAACAGUGUGGAAAAGCAUUCUCUAGGAUGAAGAGUUUACAGCAACACCAGCGGGUUCAUAGUGGAGAGACACCUUACUCAUGUGAACAGUGUGAAAAAGCAUUCUCUUACCUCAGUAGCUUACGCAUGCACCAACGUGUUCACACUGGGGAGAAACCUUACUCAUGUGAGCAGUGUGGAAAAGCAUUCUCUCAAAUCAGUAGCUUAUAUACACACCAACAUGUUCACACCGGAGAGAAGCCUUUCUCAUGUGAACAGUGUGGAAAAACAUUUUCUGACAGGAGUAGUUCACAGAGACACAAACAUGUUCACACUAGAGAGAAGCCUUACUUGUGAACAGCGUGGAAAAGCAUUUUCUAAAACUGCAACUGAAAAACUUAAACACCUUCAUGUUCACACUGGAAUGAAACCUUCAUGGUAACCAGUGUUGAAAAGCAUACACUCGGCUGAGUCACUUAGUGACACACCGUGUUCAUACUGGAAAGAAAUCCUAGUUGUGCAAACUGUGAAAAUCAUUCUCUCGGCUAAGUCGCUUACUGCAACCCCAAUGUAUUCACUGUAACGGGAGGGGUUAAAAGGCAAGGACCACUUGAGGAUUGUUUGCAUUAUACUUCUGUGGUGUAUGAUCAUCUGGCUUUUUAUUUGCUUUUCCCAUUAUCUUUUAUUUUUCUCUGUUAUUAAAAUAAACUACACAAACUACAA